GUUUUGUAUUCUGUGAGUGUGAUGAACCAGGAACCGGAAGUCCGGAGGAAUUAAAGUGCCGAAGAUGGACCUACGACUCGGGCUGUCGCUGUUGCUCUUGCUCACCUACUUCUCCAGCAUCCAAUCCAAGAACACCAGGGAUGGCCCGAAUCUUCGACAAAGGCACGCCAAAAGAGCUACUCUCAGCGAAUUUUUGCAGCCUCCAGCACCAACUAAUUUCAUCAGAAACCAUCCACCUAGGAAUUUGGCACCUCCUCCUCCCCCACCACCCCCACCUCCCUCAUCCUUAAGAACCGGAAGAUAUGUCGUUAAUCCUAGUCCUGAAGAUCGUCCCCCGAGAGGAUAUUUUUCCAGAUUACUAGGAUGGCUCAAUCCUUGGUCUUCUGGUGUUGGUCUUGAACCACCGCCACAAAGUUUUGGCAGAAGUCCAGCAUACCAAGAAGAAGGUCCACCUUCCAAACAAAAUGGGCCAUUCCAAAAUGAAAAAAGUUGCAACCCCUGUAAUGAAGUUCCUUGGAUCCCUAUCAGAGGUUUCGUUGAUGGACCUCCAAAUUUUUUACCUCCGAAUUUGAACAUUUUAAGGGAUGGAUACUACCAGCACACACCCUCUCAAGAAGUUCGUCAACCAGACUUUUCUUAUUCUCCGAAUCUUUACCCUGGAGGAGUAAAUCCACUACCAAAUCCACAAAUUUAUCCUGGGGUUGUGCCUCCUUUGUAUAAGAGUCAACCCUUUGCCCCUGGGGGUUCCUAUUCCAGAAAUAAAGAUUCACCAGAAAAUGAUUUCCAUCAUGGACAGGAGACGGAGAAUUCUGGUCCAUCAGAUAGUGGAGGUUCUGGUACAAAUAUUCAGGAGAUUGUUCAGGUUCAAGAUCAAGGAAUUAAGAUUCAGGAUGACCCAAACCAGGAAGUUCAAGUUCAAGAAAAUUUGAAUGAAGGGGGUCAAGAGCAAAGCCAGAAUCAAGACAUUCAAGCUCAGACUCAAAGGAUCCAGGAAACAAAUCUGAAUCAAGGGAUCCAACAACAAAAUCAGAAUCAGGGGAUCCAGCAACAAAAUCAGAAUCAAGGGACCCAACAACAAAAUCAGAAUCAAUGGAUACAGAUGCAGGCAAUCCAGAAUCAAGGGAUCCAAGAACAAAAUCGAAAUCAAGGAGUUCCAAUUCAGGACAUCCAAAGUCAAGGAACUCAAGAACAUCAAAAUCAAGUCCACCAAUCCGGAAACCAAUUCCAAACUCAAUCGGAAAUUGUCCCAUCAAUCGGAGGACAAAUUUCUUCAGUGCAAAUUCACUUUGAAAAAUCGCCUCUCAUUGAUCUAACAAUUUCUUCAACAUCUUCACCUCCCUUGACCUAUAGUCAAUCAGUUUCAACUCCCUCGGACACAAGAAAGGUUCCAGACUCUUCGACAAGAUCCUCGAGUUUAAUAGACUACCUUGUCUCUAGUUAUGAUGAUAGAAUUCCAACAAAUGCAGCAACUGGAUCAGGAUCAGUUGGAAAUGAAACCAGAAAACUUGGAUCAACUGUAGCUGGAUCCAAUGGAACUAGAUCAACUGGAACUGGAUCUGACCUGGCUAGUAAAGGUAGAAGUGAAGAAAGCUAUGGACACAAAGGAUAUAAUGAAAAUCAACCAUUUGUGGAUGCCUUGAUGGAGUCUUAUUACAAUUUUAAGAAAGAAGAAGAAGCUCUAAACUAUUCUAAAGCGAGUUCCACAAAUUCAGCAAGUUCAGGCAGUAGUGGGGAGGAUUUCUUAUUGGCAACUCCAUCAAGUAGAGCUGUUAAGAGAAACAAGCAGGUACAAAUUAUUAUUCCUUAUACUGCUGAAAAUACUCCAAGUCGUUUCCAAUCUUUCGAGGAAGAUAUAAGUGGAAGAGCUCUGGACUACCAUUUGCCAAGAAAAGUAUCUUUCCGGAAUUAUUUAAAUCAUUAUGAUGAUAAUGUUGUCGCUCAAGAAUCAAAAACUGUUGCUGUAACGUCACUUCCAGAUAUUUCUUCUACUGUUUUAUCAGCAGAAAAGGGAAAAAAUAAUUCUAUUGAUGUACAGAGGCUACAGAAAAACAUCGAUAACUGGACGAUUCAGGAAUAUUCUAGUGUAAUGAGGGCCAGUACAGUUCUGCCAAACUUAACACGUCCUUAUCUUUCACAAUCCAAAAAAAUUCCUAAUGAAUAUUUUACGACAGUGGAACCUAAACACACUUCUGACGAAACUUACGAUUUUGGGGACUACAAGAAAAUGAGUUCCUUGGAGAUAUCUAAAGUAACCCAGGCAUCGACGCAAAAAACAAGUACAACUACGACAAAGACUAAAAUCGAACCAAGUUCCGAAAACCCGAGGAAAUUUAUUGAAACAAAAAAGAAUGGAACCGGAAGUUACCCAUUAGCUGGUGAAAAUAACGUUACAAAAAUAUUCCCAGUUUAUCUGAAUCCUUCGACAACCAUCAAAGAUGAUCAAGUCUAUGUAGUAACUCCCGUUCCGAUUGGUCAAAAAGAAUCCAAAAAAGCUGUCAACCUAGAGUUGAAAAAAAAGUCAAAAAAGAAGGACCCGGAGAAAGUUGAAAGGGCCUAUCAAGUUCUUCCGCAGGCAGUAAAUAAUUUAGCUGUGGUUUCAACUGGUCCUGAAAGAGUUCCGCUUUGGGGAAUAAUGGAACAUGAAGAAUUUGCAGCUACAAGUCCUGAUCAUGGUCUUCCUAUUCUCUAUGCAGGCCACUCGAGGGUUUCAUAUUCGAGGCGAUGACGCACCUCUUGGGAAGGAAAUAAAGAGCAAGAAACUUUAAAGUACGUGUGACACGUGAUCAUAACUGUACCUGUAGUAAGCGAG